AUGGCUCAGGUAGUGCGGAUUCCAAAGGGUCUAGCAUUUUGUCCCAACUGCGCUAACUGUCUAUACACCAGACCAAUCGACCCUGACGAUCUGGGUCGAAUCGGUGAACGUCUUACCGGCUAUUGUUAUACCUGCCCUUACCUAUGCCCGGUUUCAUGGCUUAUGAAGAAGGGUAAAAACGACAAAACCAAAGAAGACUCGGAUUCGGACUCGGGCUCGGACGAUAGACAUAUCGGCGUGAAGUUUGAAAGAGAGAAAGCCCAGAAGGAGUUACUUGAGCACGACAUUGACGACGAUACUGUCGUGGGAAAUGCUACCAUUCAACAUGCUGCCGUCGAAGAUGUCGUCGAAGAUGCCGCGGUCGAAGGGGCUUCCGCUUGCCACCCCCGGCCAAUAUGA